ACCACAAGCUGCACUCUCCGGCAAGUACUGGCGAGCGCCUGAACAGACCUCUGGAACAGACGGCUCCCUUUGGCCGAUCAUCAUAUCUGCUCAAAGCCACAUCUUGUCCAGAAAUGGCUCAUACGAUGAUGAAUGCCUCCUUGCCGCUUCCUUAUGGCAGUAACCAAGUAUCUUUUGGUUACCCCGAAGGAUACUCCCUCAUGGACCUGGUUCCAGACGACGUGAAGCCCUUGAUCCAUCCUCAUUGGAACAACUUUCCUCCCGUCAACCCCAUGUGGCACUACCUACUGGCCGGCAUCUUCAUCAUCCUUGGCAUUCUCUCUUUCUUCGGUAACGGCAUGGUCAUGUAUCUGUUCUCGUGCAAGAAGAGUCUCCGCUCGCCCGCCAACAUGUUCGUGGUCAACUUGGCUUUCAGCGACUUCAUGAUGAUGGUGUCACAGUUCCCCAUGUACGUGGUGAAUUGCUUUGAAGGCGGCUACUGGACCCUUGGUGCCUUUGCCUGCCAAAUACACGCCUUCACAGGGGCAAUCUUUGGACUCAACUCCCUCCUGACACUGGCAGCCAUCGGCUACGAUCGCUACUGCGUCAUCGUGAAGGCCUUCGACGGCGGUCACAUCAGCUCAGGCAAGGCCUUCAUUAUGAUCCUCUUCUGCUGGGGAUACGCCACCGCUGUAUCCAUCUGGCCCUUCUUCGGGUGGAACGCCUACAUUCCUGAGGGUAUCCUCACUUCCUGUAGUUUCGACUACAUCAGCCGAGACUGGGGCACCAGGUCCUUCGGCAUCUUCCUGUUCGUGGUGUGCUUCUGCAUCCCUCUCCUCCUCAUCAUCUUCGUCUACUCCCAGAUUGUGGGUGCAAUCCGUGCCCACGAGAGAGCUCUCCGCGAACAGGCCAAGAAAAUGAACGUGCAAACCCUCCGUUCCAACGCAGACCAGAAUAAGCAGAGUGCCGAGGUGCGCAUCGCCAAGGUGGCCGUUGGCAACGUGUUCCUGUGGCUACUCACCUGGACUCCCUACGCCGCCGUGGUCUUGCUGGGUUUGUUUGGCGACCAGAACAAGCUGACGCCUCUUGUGUCAGCCUUGCCGGGUCUCAUUUGCAAGACAGCAUCCGUGUACAACCCUAUCAUGUUCGCCAUCUCGCAUCCCAAGUUCCGCCUGGCACUGAUGGAGGUGUGGCCCUGGUUCUGCGUCCACGAGAAUAAGGUCGAUGACUCCAAGUCAUCAGCGACAGAGACCGAAGGUGGCAAGUAAGAUCGACGAUCGAAGCCUGGAACUGCUGGUGAAAGACUAUGUGUUGUUGAUGGGACUCGAGAUGGUCGUAAUCCAGUGUGUUCUUGUACAACGACUCUGGACGACGACGACGACGACGAUGAUGCUGUAGUACAAUGUUUGUUGUAUACUUCUACAUUACAGAUGCUAAUAGCAACGCACAGAAUAUUACAAUCUAUCCAUGUACCUUGUCCUCUGACCCCUGCGUUUUCGAACGACUCUUAACGGCUAUUAAUAAAGAUGAGCAAUAAA